AUGCUAACAUACGAAGAAUUACAUCGCAAAAGCGAGCAACAGAUGGCCGAAUUGCAAGCGCUGCAGAACAAAGGAAUGCAAGUAGCAGUUCCAAUAGCUUUCAUGCGCAAGAUGAAAAAGGAACUGCAAACUACUGAAGGGUUUGAUUCUGAAGUACAUGGAGCUAGUCCAGCACAACCACUUCUAAGCGAUGUCGUCACGGGAGAAAGCGCUGCUUAUCCCAGGAAACCAAGUUCACUUCCAGUAAACAGCGGAUCAAACCGAGCAGCUGUGUCUUCAAAAAAUUUCGCAUAG